CGCUCGCCCUGCUCUCGCAGCCACACCCUCCCCUUUCACCAUCUCGGUCUCCGUCUGGCACGCGGGCAGCUGUGCGGGACCGGUGCGUGCGUCUUGCAUAUCGUGCACCCGCAGCAUCAGCAACACAAAAGGGCUGGGAGCUGCCGGGGGCCAGGGUUUACCUCAGCGCCGAUCGGAGGGAAGAGCCGCGUUCUCAAACAAAGGCUAUCUGACGGAGAAACAAAGUGUCACUUUGUGCCUCCUCAGCACAGUGGCACUAACAGACACAGGAGGACGCCAAUCUCUCCUCAGUCAGCACUACCCCAGCCUCAGCAGACACACCUCCUCUUCUAGGACUGCACAUGUUCUCCUCUCCAGUACACAUGUGCACUCCAGAGCCCCUUCACUGAUAGCGAAGACAACAGCGCAAAUUCCAGCCCUUCAGACGGCUGUUUGGGAAGAAGAAGAAACGGGAAGCUAAAAGGAGCUUUGAUGGAGCAGAGCUAAAAGCAAGUUUUUCAACUGGGGAAGUGUGCAGUGGAGUCGUGUCUGACAAUGAGGAGUCAAAUAAAAAUCUGAGGGAUUUAAAUCCCAUCGGAUCUCGAGCUCUCUCCCACGACAGCGUCUUUAUCCCAGAAGGGCCGUUGAAGGAACUCAGUCUGGACUACAGCAUGUCCCAGGAAAACGUUUCAGAUAAAGUUAGGAACCUGCAGAGGCAGAUUGCACAAGGCAUAAAGUUCGGCCAGAGGCCUCUUUCGCUUCGAAAAAGUGAGGGGGAUGAGGGAAGUUCAGAUGAGGAAGAGGUUCCCCGAAGCCCUCUGAAGGUUUUGGCCCAGGUAGAAGCUGAGCCGCCAAAAAUGGAACCAAAGGUCCAGGGAGCUCAAUCAUCUGGGCAGUACAGCACACCAGUAAAGUCCCCGAGGUCCAAACGGGUUCUCCCACCAACUGGUACCAUUGAGUCUAUCAAUCUAGAUGCCGUCCCCCAGUCUGUUCCUCGCCUGGACAACACCGCCGCCAAGCAUAAACUCUUAGUCAAACCGAAAAACCAGAGGAUUUCCCGCAAACACCGGCGGUUCACACUGGACCUCCAGGAGGUGUCUAUUCCUGGAGUCAUGCAGGAGGACAUGGAGGCAGCCGGUGUGUUCUCAGACGACCAGCGCAGGGCAUCUCUGGAGUCAUCCAAAGAAAGCUUGAAGAAACAGAGACUCUAUGAGGAGGACAUACUGGAGGGCAGAAGGAGGAGGGAGAUGGAGGAGCAAAAGCUCAGAGAAGAAGCAGAGGAAAGGAGGAGGAGGGGGGAAGAGAUGAGGAUACGUGAACUGGAGGAAGAGAGGUGUCGCAGGAGACAGCAGGAAGAACAAGAGAAGAGGAUGCGAGAGGAGGCAGAGAGGAGGAUGAAAGAGGAAGAGGACCAAAUGAGAGCCAGGGAAGAGGAGGAUAAAUGGAGGCAAGAAGAGGCUGAGAGACAGAGAAAGGAGGAGGAUAGAAGGAUGAAAGAAGAGGAAGAAAGAAGGAAGCGAGAGGAGGCUGAGAGAAGAAAAAGAGAGGAGGAACGGAAGAUGCGAGAGGAAGCAGAGAGGACGAGGAGAGAGGAGGAGGAACGGAAGAUGCGAGAGGAAGCAGAGAGGAUGAGAGAGGAAGAAAGAAGGAUCAGGGAAAAGGAGGAAAGGAGGAGGAGGAGGCAAGAGGAAGAAGAACAAAUUCGAAAACUGGAAGAGGAAAGGAGAAAGCGUGAGGAAGAAGAUAGGAGGCGCCUGGAGGAGCAGAAGCACAGAGAGGAAGAGGAAAGGAAGCUAGAGGAGGAGGUGGCAAAGAAGCAACAGGAGCUUGAGGCAGAGAAGUGCAAAAAGCAAAAAGAGGAAGAAGAGGAAAGAAAGAAAAAAGAUGAACAGAAACUAAGACUGAGGGAGAUGGAGCAAGAGAAACAGCUGGCAUUGGAGGAGCAGAUGAAGAUGUUGACAGAAGAAGAUGCUGGGAGCUCUGAUGAACAAGAGAGGAAGCGGAGAGCUGAGGAGCAGCGCUGGAGGGAGAUGGAGGAGCGACAGAGACCCUUUUCCUUCAAGGUUUCCUCUGGAGAGAAACAGAUUCUUUUCCAGAAGGUCAACCUGACCCCUGUUACUCCAGCCUCCAGCCACCAGAACGCUGCUGACGCUGAUCAAAGGGAAGGAGCUACAGCUUACUCCCUGGAAAGGCAAGACCCCCCCAACCUGCCGGCAUCUUCAUAUGUGCCCCACACAGCCAUCCUGGUGACAGGCGCCCAGCUCUGUGGGACAGCUGUCAAUUUAGACCAGAUCAAAGACACUGCAUGUAAAUCCCUGCUGGGUUUGGGAGAAGAAAGAAGGGCCCAAGGAAUACCUUCUGCAAAGAGCAAGAGCUCGCCAGACCACAAAUCUGGGAAAACCAAAUCGCUCAGUGAGUCUUCGUUCUGCCCGGAUCGGUCCAGUGCAGCCGUGCUGGCAGAGUGGGCGAGCAUCCGCUCGAAAAUAUUUAAAGGGGUAGAGGAUGGGAAGUAUGAUGAGUACCCAGGCCCUCCGAGCAGGAAUCAGCCUCAGAUCAGCAGUGAAGAGCAGCCCUCUUUCUCUCAUACCAGCCUCAGAAAAACAAUGUCCGCCAGUGCCAAGUUCUCCAUCACCCCUGCAAAGAAGAAGUUUGGGGACUCAAACAGAAACUCUGAGGUUUUCAAUGCAGAUAAUAAAGAUGGUAAAGAGGAAGCAUCUCAAUCUGAUAGUCCCACACCAGCAUCCCAAUCUCCAACCUUUAAACCUCACACCCGGACAAGCAAAACAGUUCGGAUUGUAGAGCGAGCCUCAGAGGAGUGCAUGUUUGCCAAAGACCUCCCGUCUUUCCUGGUUCCCAGCCCGGGGGACAUUUCUGAGGGCUCCGAAGCAAAGAGCCAUCUUCAGAGCAAGACAGAGGAGGGGGAGGAGCAGGGACAGGACGGUGAGGAUAACCCCUCACCUUUUGGAAUCAAGCUUAGAAGGACGAACUAUUCUCUGCGUUUUCACAGUGAGCAGUCCACAGAGAAAAGGAAGAAGCGCUACAGCGCCGGAGACAGCUUUGAUGGCGUCCCUUCACCGCUCACCCCAAUUGAGCCAGACUCUGACACCUCCUCGGUCUUCUCUGACAAAUCAAGUCCCACAUCACCUCAGAAGGAGGGAGUAUUAAGCAAGUAUUUACACGCAUCUGCUUCUCCUGCCAUAACCCGGGGGAAGCUGGGCAAGCCGACAAGCCCCAUUGUGCAUAAUGAAGGAGAGAAAGUCCUUUCAAAACCACAACUCUACCGAAGACCAGCAACAUCACCCAAACCCUCUGGAGCCACUCCAACACCUCCUCCAUCUCCACUACCAAAAGUAGCCCACGUGCUCCCCUGUGAGGAUGUGAACCAGAGGACGGGGAGCCCAGAUUUAUCCGUCCAGGAGCAGGCCGGUAGGAGUGAAGAACUAUCCACGGUGGCCCAGCUGCACAGAGGAAACCACAGUCCUGUCCAAGGAGAGGAGGAGCCAAAGGAGAAGAGGUCUUUCUUCCCUUCCAUCAACAUCCCCUGGAGAGAGAAGGCAGACAGGAAGGCAGAACUUAUCAGACGAGAAAAACCUUCCUUACAGGCCAGACUCUCACUGGACAGCGCCAGGGUCCAGGAGAAGGAAGCUGGGCCCUUAUGGAUUACUCUUGCCCUGCAGAAGCAGAAAGGCUUCAGGGAGCAACAGCAGAGCCGCGAGGACCGUCGGAGCCAAAGAGAGGCCAAGCUAGCAGAGAAGCAUGCCAGAGAGAGAGAUAGUGUCGCACUGGUGAGUCCCACAGAGUGUAAAGAAAGUGGGUGCACCAGUCCUUCCUCCAAAACCCAGACACCAGAGGAGCCCAAGAGGCCCGACAGCCUGCUGGGACGAUUUGAGCGCAGAGAUCCCCUGAAAAAGGCCAGCACCUUGCCGAGCUCAGUCACAGUUGAAAUCUCAGACUCAACACCGUCGCCACCUGCUGUCAAGGACAUGUCAAAGCGAUUCCCCUCCAGCGACUCUCCCCAGUUGUCCACAGAGCCUGCCUGGCUGGCACUAGCAAAACGAAAGGCCAAAGCCUGGAGCGACUGUCCACAGAUCAUCAAAUAAACAACCCUGAUGCCAGUUUGACACGGCAUGCAUGGAGAACGCACAUUCCCCACGGAGCCAGAGGAUCACUUUCUCCCCUGCACAUGAAAACUCCUCUUGACACACACUGGCUGCUAUAACUAUCCUGUUAAAGUGCGCUUCACCUUCAGAUAUUACAAUAAAGCUGCACAGAUGCUAUGUAAAAGGUUGAUGAGAGCAUGCAUGUAUUGUAUCCAAUCACAAGAACUCUUUGUCCCCAAAAGACAAAGUCCUCAGCAACCGAUCACAACCAUGGCUGACCAUUGCAGUAGCCAACCUUUUUUUAUUUAUUUUUUGUAAUUUUGGAGCCAGCUGGGUCACCAUGGUUGUAAUAAAUUCUGUGCUCGACACAAUACAGCUCAGAUGAACAACAGCGCUUAAUCAACAGAGGGUAUCCGUCUGAAUCGUGUUUUAAGGGCUACCAGUAAAAAAUGAAAUCCCAGCAUGGUCUCCUCUGGACAGCUCCUGGAAGUGCUACAGGCACCUUCUCUGCCCUCUUCCAUAUUAUGUACAGCAGCAGAUUUAUCUACACUGAAACUGUAUUGUAGCUUUUCUCUGAGCCUGGUUUGUUUUGUUGGGGGGGGGAAGGUCUCCUGUUUUUCUUUAUUAUUGUUUUUUAAGUCAUACUGGAAACAACAAAUCUCACUGUGUCCGUGAUGACUGUGACAGACUGGUUCUUAUCCAGAUGCAGAACUACAAACUGAACUUAAACGCAGCGUGAAGGACGUUAAGUGCUCAAAAUCCUCGCAGCUGUGUGACAGUAGACUUUAGAGACAAACACACCUGCUACAAUUCUUCUGGCAUGUCCUGCUGUAGACUUACAGCACCACUUCUUCUUUAAUGUACGGUAAUCCGAUCACACAGCAUUUCCUGUAUGAAUCAGUAAACCUCUUCAUUCUCAUUCCUGCCGCUCACUCCAUCAUCUGUAAGUAUGUAUUCACUCUGAAAGAGACCCAGAAAUCUGAGUCACUUUGUUUCUAACUUUGGUCGUGCACAAUAGUGUAGUGUACGCAGUGUUAAAUGUAACAAAAAAACAAAAUGUUUGGUAUUAUUUGCACUUUUUGUCCCACUUAAAGAUAUUCAUGGCAAAGUUCUUUAACAGAUCCAAAAUGUUAUCAAUAAUGUAAAUUAAAUACUGAUGUCUGUACCAAA